AACCAGUGAACUGAACGAAAACUGGAAGACCUGCAAUUGGAAGAAUUGAAUGCCCAUCGCCGGACUCUGCAACCGCACCCGAGAGGGGUUUCCCUUAGUUGAGGACGUCUCCAACAGGUGGAUCACGAGGCUACGACGCGACCCUGCAUCCCGAGAGGCUUCAGUAGCGGUCUGUGCCGCGGCGUGCGAAUGUUUGGAUCGGGUAGAUUCGCGUCGCCCUGUAUAUGGUCGGUGUGACAGUCGCGAGUGCACCGAGGACGAGAACCGGAAGCGUGGCCGCAGUCGCCUGGCGUCGCUUCGCGGGUCUCCCCGAUUUUUCCAUCCUCUUCCUACUCUUCUCUUCUCGCGCGAAUGGCAAAGAGGUGCGUGCGGCUUACACGCGGCAAGCUUGAAGACUACAUCCGGUCACAGUGAGGCGCCAUGAAGGAAGUCCAGGAGCAGCAGCAGCCCGAGUCAAUGGAAUCCAACGAGUCGGUUUCCGGUUCGAAUGAAUACGCCUAUCGACCGCUCACGACGAAGCACAGAAGAGCUGGGAGUACCGGAACCACUGGCGAUGAGGAAUACACCACGGACGAGGAUGAGCUGUACACGGAUGAGACUGAUUGCGCCACGCUACAUCCACCACAUCCUAUUCUUAAAUCGGACCUCGCGAGGGCAGCUACGGAUCUCUUUGGAUAUGCUACGAAACGCGAGGACGAGGAUGAAGAGCCCACUAGUCUAUUCGACGAGGACGACACCAAGUUCCUAGAUAAUAGUUCCAGCUCAACCAAAACCGCUCCACUGUUCACGUACAACGAAAAAUUGCAAGGUGUCCUAUCGCGACAUCGAAAUCCAUCGGAAGAGAAGAAGCCCGUGAAGCCCUGCGAAAAGCUGAAAUCUCACGAGCUGGAAGUCUCGGAAUCUCAAGCUCAACGUGCGAAACCUUUGGAUUUUAGGUUGAAUGAAGCUGAGUCUGCGGGAAAAGCCAGCGAUGAGAAACCCGAUACGGUCGACUCGAAGAAGGACAAUUCUCUCGAAUCAUCGAAGAGACCCUCCCUUCCUAAAGAUACGCCGCCGAAAGAACCAUCAAAGCAAGAAUUACUGGGUGCUUCUAAAAAAACCAACAGCCCGCCAUCGCCUACUACCCUGCAAUGGGGAAGAGCAGUGGCUGAGGUGAAGGAACACGCAGUGGCGAAGUUACAGGAGGAACUUAAAAGGGCUCAUGAAGAAUUAAAAUUAAAGGACGAGGAAGUGGCAAGACUUUCGCGGAUCAGGCAGGAUGUAGAGACUGAGCUCGAGGACCUCACUGCCAGCCUCUUUCAAGAGGCACAUAACAUGGUUCGAGAAGCUAAUGUACGUCAGGCGACGGCGGAGCGUCUCCUGGAGGAGAGCCGAAUGAAAUCGGAAGUGCUCGCAGCCGAAGUAGCGGCUUUGAAAACUUUGGUGCUCACAUCUACACCGUCAAGGCCCAAUCCCCAUUUGCAUCCUCAAAUCGACACGAAGGGACGCGUUAGCAAUGGGGAGGACAGUCAGCAGGGACUCUUUACGAAGAAACACCGAAGGUCGCCGUCGCACUUUAAUUUAAAAUACGGUCGAGAAAACUCGCCUCCUGAUUCGCCUGUAAAAGAACAGAGGCCACCUUUGCCCACCGAUAAGGAAGCCCUCGAGAGGGAUUGGAAGCGUGAGCGUGAGAAGGAGAAAGAGAGGGAGUGCAAGGACUUCGGUCUGGAAGUCGACCCGAGGGUGCAUACGGAGUUUCUCAGAUGGAAAACGAACCCUUGCGUCGACAAAAGCGAUCCCUUCGUUGCGAGGGUAUUUAAAGAGGAUAUCGAUCUCUGCUUGGAUUUCCCGAAUAAGGAAUUGGGAACCAAGGUCAGGCAAGCUGUUCUGGAUGGCAUCAUAUUUAUCGAGGCGGUCAGCGACAAAACGAAACUCGCUUUUCCCAAGAAAUGUGCACUGUUGGAGGCACCACGGCAAUGUCACUAUCGUAUGCGGCUUGGUGAUCAAGAAAAUCAAUGGCAUUGCAUUUCGCAGAUCUGUCGCAAUCGAAUUAUAGCAGUGUGUGACUUUCUCAAUUAUCUGAGAUACGUCGAGCGUGGUCUCGUCAAGAGCUCAGUUCACGACGUUUACUGGGAGAUCACGCGGCUGAGAAAGGAAAUGGUUUUUGCACGGUUGGGUCUGGCAUUGUCGUCUUGAGGUUCGCGUAGGCGGGAUGUCAUCUAGUCUCGAGUCAUUUCGAGCUAGGGGUUCAUUGUUUGAAAAUAGAAAUUUGUGAAUUAUGCGGAAUAAUUUAGCGACGCUCUCGUCGAUUAUCGGCCUUUUGUGCAGCGAAGGGGAGGGUGCAAUGUUGCAAUAUAUAUCUUUCAGAUAUAUAUAUUUGAAGUCUCUCUAAUUCUGUUAAGUAAUUCUGAUGAUAAUAUAAUAAUAUUUCUAAAAAAUUUACGUGCCAUUCAGAAAACUGUAUUGUAUGACCGUAAAAAGGAAGUAUAAUUUAUUGACAACAGAUCUUCCAUCUUUUGAUUAAGAAUAUUUUACAGUGUGAUUAAUAACAUUAAUUUAUAUACACCAACUUAUUUUUCUACUUUUUUAAAAUAAAAUAUAAAACUACUCAGGAUUAAAUUUGAUAUUAAUUUUGCAGUAAAACGUCAAUUUUUCGCACGUAAUUUUUUUUGAGAUAUUGCCGAAAUAGUGCCGCCUAUGGCAGAUUAUAGAUUUAAUUAUUUGCGAACAAGUUGUAAGAUGACAGUGAAGCUGAUUACAAGGCUGUGAAUGAUCUUGACAUGCGGAUCAGACAUUGUCGAUGGCUCUCCUAAACGAGGAAUGUAAAUAAUAGGAAAGAUUUUUGAGAUAUUGUGUCAUGUUUUCUGAAGUUCAAUGAACUUAUUGUUAGACUCAUGUGAAUUGUGACAAUGGAGCCGUUGAUUCCAUGAGAUAGUUAUCAAUCAUAUUAUAUAUAUGAGAUCACUUCAUGUCGUGGUUUGGUAUUAACACCGAACAGAAGAAAAAUCGUGUUUAGCUAAUUAUUUAUAUUUGUGUUUUUGUUACGGAUCAGUUUUUUUUAUUUGCCGUCGCGUGUCGAGUCGUAGUGAUUUUUGUUGUUUCGUUGUCUAUAAUUUAUCGAUAUAUAUUAUACGUUGUGUUAAUUGUUAAUCUGACUAAUGGCUUCCAUUAAAUAUACCAUUGAUCGUAUAGAUUUAUUGGAAUUCUAAAGUGUUUGUACCGUGCCACCAAAACUCGAGAACAUAAAAUUAUCAUCUAAACUUCCGAUUAAUUCAUUGUUGACUCACGAUGACUAUGUAUACCUUCGACAUUAUUACUCACAGAGAGGAGCUACAUCUGUGUGGACCAUAUGAAUCUCCAAAUUCUUAGUGUAAAUAGAACUUCUUGAAACUUCUCAUGACAUGUAACGAUUCUAUACGUCUAUAUCAUAAUGCAUCCGGUUAUACGGAGCAUAUUCGUUUCUACUCUAUAAAUAUUAGUCUGACGUAUUGCAAUCAAAACUGGCAUUUGUGUCAGUCAUGUAUCUCCUGGUUGUAUAUACGAAUAUAUAUUUUGUUUACUGCGAAAAAAA